GGAGGCCACUUUGCGCUUUUACGUUCAUGGCACCUGGACAAGCUGUGGGUGGACUGUGGGUAACACAUCACAUGGCCGAACUUCCGAACAACUUGCGUUGUUCUGAUCGUAACAAGUAACAACACCGGACGUUUCGGUUUCACAGCUCAUACUGAUCCCCUCCCGCCCCUCCCGCCCCUUCUUUUGGAUUUGAUCGACCGUUCUCUUUCUCUCAUUGGAUCCAUCAGCCUGGGCCAGCAUGGCGGCGCAACUCUUUAAUCGUUUGGGGCAAUUGGGCGUGGGGCUGGCUAUCGCCGGAGGUGUGGCUCAAUCCGCAUUGUACAACGUGGAUGGCGGUCACCGGGCCGUCAUCUUUGACCGCUUCAGCGGCGUCAAACAGGACGUGAUGGGCGAAGGCACGCACUUCAUGAUCCCUUGGGUGCAGAAGCCCAUCAUCUUCGAUAUCCGGUCGCGUCCCAAGAACGUGCCCUCCAUCACGGGCUCCAAGGAUCUGCAGAACGUGAACAUCACGCUCCGUGUCUUGUUCCGCCCGCAACCCGAUGCCCUGCCUAAUAUCUACACCACCUUGGGCAUUGACUACGAGGACCGAGUCCUGCCCUCCAUCACCAACGAGGUCUUGAAAGCCGUGGUGGCCCAAUUCGAUGCGGGCGAGCUGAUCACGCAGCGGGAACAGGUCUCGGCCCGCAUUGACCACGAGCUCACCAAUCGUGCCCAGCAAUUCGGGCUCAUUUUGGAUGACAUCUCGAUCACGCAUUGCACUUUCGGCCGUGAGUUUACGCACGCCGUCGAGUUGAAGCAGGUGGCCCAACAGGAAGCUGAGAAGGCCCGAUUCUUGGUCGAGAUGGCCGAGCAGACCAAGAAGGCCGCCAUUAUUUCGGCUGAGGGCGACACGGAGGCUGCGGAUUUGUUGGCCAAGGCUUUCGGAAAGGCCGGCGAGGGUUUGGUCGAGCUGCGACGUAUCGAAACGGCCGAGGAGAUUUCAGGACAAAUGGCCGCCUCGCGCAAUGUGGUUUACUUGCCGCAAGGUCAACAAACGCUGCUGUCGUUGCCUCAAUGAAUCUAAAACCCGCCUCUUGUCGCCCCUCCCAUUCAGAAACCAUGAGCCUUCGUUCCACCAGUCUGGAGAAAGACGUGGGGUCGGUGUCUGAGCAUUUGUAUUGUCCGAGCUCGUAUCCGGACCCAGGUUAUAUCCUCCCCCCCACCCUGUGCCGCCUCACAUAAAUUUUUGUUUUGUAUCCGGGCUAGGCCCUGAUCGUGAGUAGCUACUCUAUCAGGACCGACACAAAAUGCAUACAGAGGAAUGAAUACAUUUAUUAUCUAAUCCUG